AUGUUUAUGCUCCGCAACGUGAGCAAGUUUUUGUUCGGUGACGCUUCGAAAGAAUCCAUCAUUGAAAUCCCUCAGGGCGAGCUGUACCUGGUCCGCCCGCAGUCGCCGAAGGGUUACUCGGAGCUUAUCUUCAAAGACGCCGUUGCAACAAUUCGACGUACCGGUCAGGACUUUCAAUACCAACUCGUGGUUCAGAGAGCCUACGAAGAAGGCGAGGAAGAACUUGCAGAUGACGACGGUGAACAAGGUGGCGGCGACAGUCUAGACAAGGACGAGAAGGUUUUCCUCCUCGACCAGAGCCUUCACUUCCGCUCUGAGCUUCGUGACGGCGGAGAGAAAAUACUGGCUUGGGAUGAUCUGAGCGGUGACCCUGGUGACCUUUUUGAGUUCAUCUGCGAUCCUUCCGUCCCAUCUGACAAGGUUGCCACCUUCGAGCUCGCUGCCUUCCAGUGCCAGUACGAACGUAAAUUCCGCCGCAGUGCCCAGAAAGCCACCGAGGACGAGCUCCAGGAAUUCUCAUAUAGCGAAGAGAAGCCCAUUCCUUCUGCAAGCCCGGUUUCUUCCCCAGCAACGAAGCCACACGCACCUCUUCCGUCGUCCGAGGAUUCUGCUGCAGCCAUGGCCAAAGAUGUUGAAUAUGCCCAAUCCAAAGGACAAAUGAAGGCCCCUACUUUUGAGGAAGAGGCGACCACUGCCCCUCCUUCUGCAGCCCAUCCUGAGGCUAAGGAGAUCCUUUGCAAGGAAACCGCCGAGCUACAUCUUUUCGACUUCUCUACCGGUACAUUUAUUCAGCAGGAGUCUGAGGUGGUUGCUUCUGUCGCAGAAGUUGGCACUUGGCAAUACUGGCUUCAGAUCACUGGCAAGGACAAAGAAUGGCUCGGACAAGCUGUUGUGGCCGACAUCAAUCCAGUCUUCAACUUUGAAUACCUAUCCUUUAUCUUCAAUCACUAUGGCGAAGAUGGCUCGGCUUACUCAUGGCUGUUGCGUUUCAAGAACCAGCCUUCGGAGGAACGAUUCCAAGAAGGCUUGAUGCAGGCGCUGUGGGAACAGCUGAAUGAAAUGAAGUGGACCAAAGUUAAGGAGAAUGACCGAGACUACGUGCUCGAUGCUUUCCAGGAUCUCACCAUGGAGGAUGCUGAUGCUGUCCCCGAGGAGGUCGAAGAGAACGAAGAAGACGCCGAUGAAGAGGAGGACAACGAUAAGGAUGAUGCUCAGCGCAGUGAGCAUUAUGACAGCGAUGAAGAGGAGGAGGAUGUGGUGACUCGCGAUGUGGAUGGAAACGUGAACUCCCAAUUGGCUGUCGGAUACAAGCACGAUCGUUCGUUUGUUGUUCGCGGUUCCAAGAUCGGUGUCUUCAAGCACACCACUCACAACAAUCUUGAGUUCUCUACAACCAUUUCGAAGGUGGAGACCCCCAAGGGGGGUCUGUUCAGCCCCAAGAAGGUCAUGCUCCAUGCUGAGGACCAAAACAUGAUUCUCCAGAAUGGAGAUGAUCCAAACUCCCUGUACAAGAUGGACUUGGAGUAUGGCAAGAUCGUCGACGAAUGGAAGGUUCAUGAUGAUAUUGCCGUGGAGACAUUUGCCCCUGAGAACAAAUUCGCCCAAAUGACUGCUGCUCAGCCCUUCGUCGGUGUUUCCAAGAACGCGCUCUACCGGAUUGACCCUCGUCUUUCCGGCAACAAGCUUGUUGAUGCUGACUUGAAGCAAUACGCCAGCAAGAACGACUUCUCAGCCAUGGCCACUACCGAGAAGGGUUAUCUCGCUGUUGCAUCCAACAAGGGUGACAUUCGGAUGUUUGACCGUCUGGGAAUCAACGCUAAGACUCACAUUCCUGCUCUUGGCGAGCCGAUAAUUGGUCUUGAUGUGUCAGCCGAUGGACGCUGGGUGUUGGCAACUUGCCGCACCUACCUGCUUCUGAUUGACUCCCUGCAGAAGGAAGGUAAGAACGAAGGAAAGCUCGGAUUUGAGCGUGCUUUCGCCAAGGAUUCAAAGCCUCAGCCUCGCCGUCUCGGUCUGCAGCCAGAACACGUCGCACAAUUCCAACAUGAAACCAAGCAGCCUCUCUCAUUCACCCCAGCCCGAUUUAAUACCGGUGUUGACUCAACUGAAACCUCCAUCAUCACUGCCACUGGUCCAUUCAUCAUCACUUGGAACAUGAAGAAGGUGGUUGCAGGCCGCAAGGACCCAUACACCAUCAAGCGCUACGGCGAAAAUGUCAUGGCCGACAAUUUCAGAUUCGGUUCCGACAAGAACGUCAUUGUCGCCCUGCCGAAUGAGGUCAACAUGGUCGCCAAGCGUACCUUCCAGAGGCCCACUCGUGAGUCUAUUGCAGGCCCAGCUACGCCCAAGCGCGGACGCGGCUGGGGCAGUCACCUUGGCAGAGAUAAUAUUGUCAACUCUCCCUAUUAA